ACAAACCCCACAGCCAGUUUUAAAAGAGCAGCCUGGUUGAUGUGAACGGCUCAUGCUUAGAUAUUUCGUAAGGAAAAGGUGUGUUCAUCUAUGUCUGAAGCCAUAUUUUUCAAUUCUGUCAUCGGGAGAUAUGUUUUAAGUAAAUAUUUAAGAGAUAUUUUUCCGACAUGCAGCAGAGUUCGACCUCGCGCUGGCAGCAUUUGUCCCCGUCCAACCACACCGAUUCCGGGAGGCUACGACGAAUUGGCACGAAGAUGAAUGAGAUUGGUCAGCAUAUGGACAUGAGUCACAAGCAAGCCUGCAUCGACUUGGAGAAGGCCACCCAAUGCAUCACACUAGCAUUACAGCAUGAAGUGGUUAAGAACCAGGAGCUCUGCAUGUUGAUUCGUCGUUUGGAAGAGAAGGAGGCAGAGACUGGGCGGAGCCUAACAGAGCAGGUGGAGUCAAACAAGCAGCUGCAGCUGAAGAUCGAUGAACUGCAGAAACACCUGGAGGAGAAACACAACUCACUGACACAGACCAACCAGACUGUGGCUUUCCUGAAGAAUGAGCUAAGGGACCUGCAUCAACAUCUGCAAAGCCAGCAAAGUAAUAGGACGGUUCAGGAAGGGAAUAAGUGGCCACAGGGAGAGAUCAAGCAGCAAAUCAGGAGUCCCAGCCCUCCUGUCCAAUCAGAUCAGCUGACGGCAGCUGAGGAGCCAAUGGUCUGGACAGAACAGCUGGUCUCGCCUGAUGGUCAGAUUCCACCGCUCUCUCCUAGCGACCAGAGGCUGCUGGAGAGUUCAGUCUCUGGGAUUAAAGAAGAGAAUGCUGUUCAUGGAUAUGAGGAGUGCAGACAGUAUGAGAGAGCUGACCUCAGAACAGAGUAUACCGUCCCUUCAACUGCAGACAUUAAAUUUGAACAGAUCCAGACGCCGAUGGUUUCGUCUGACGGUCAGAGGCUGCUGGAGGCGCCAGUCUCUGAAGAUGAAGAUGAUGAAGAUGAUGAUGAAGAUGAUGAUGAGUAUGGAGAAUACAGUCAUUCAGGAAAAGGAUCAUCUCCCUCCCCUUCAAACAUGCAUAGAAGGAAGAAGCCAUACUGCUGUUCUCAGUGUGGCAAGAGGUUCAUUCGACGUAAGCAUCUCGAUGAUCACAAGCGCAUUCACACAGGAGAGAAACCGUACCACUGCACCCAAUGUGGCAAGAGCUUCACUCGAAAGGGAAACCUUAAACUGCACCAGCGCACUCACACAGGAGAGAAGCCAUUUCACUGUAACCAAUGUGGGAUGAGUUUCAGUCAUAAGGGAAACCUUAAAAAGCACCAGCGCACUCAUACAGGAGAGAGGCCAUACCAUUGCACUCAAUGUGGCAAGACUUUCAAUGAUAUGGCCACUUUUAAACGACAUCAACUCAUGCACUCAGGAGAGAGGCCGUUCCCAUGCACUCAGUGUGGGAAGAGUUUCAUUCAAAAGACCGAUCUCAAAGUACAUCAGCGCAUUCACACAGGAGAGAGGCCGUACCAAUGUACUCAAUGUGGGAAGAGCUUCACUCAAAAGGUACAUCUCAAAAUGCAUCAACGCAUUCACACAGUAGAGAAACCCUUUCAAUGUCCUCAAUGUGGGAAGAGUUUUAGUCGAAAGGGAAGUCUCAAAGUGCAUCAACAUAUUCACACAGAGGUGAGGCCUUAUCAAUGUGUUUAAUGUGGGAAAAGUUUCUGUCAAACCAAUAAUCUAAAAGUACAUCGGCACAGAAGAGGACAGGAGACAGGAGAGAAGCGUGUUGGUUAGACAAGAGUUUCACUCAAGAGGUCAAAGUCAAACAACACCAGUGCAACUCCCACCUCAUGGUGUGAUGUGAAGUCACUUGGUUGUUUAUGAAAUUCUUUACUCCAUCCAUUCCACCAGGUGGCAGUCUACAGCAUCAUCUUAAUGUUGUGUUCCAUUUGCCUUGUAAGUGGCAACCAUAGAUAUUAGAAAGCUAGCUCCUGCAUUGGGCUCCAGAACGUAGGUAAAUAGCGCUGCCAUAUUCAUAGGGGCAACGAUCACUGGAGGCCAAUGGAGAAACAUGUGACAGACUGUAAAUCAGACAGGUGUCUCUGAUUGCCAGCAAGUUUUGCCCAUAGACAGUAAGGUGUUUUGCCCCCAGCAAUAUGGCGGGCGCGUGGACAUUGCCUUACUCUCCCUCCAUUCCACCAGGUGGCAGUACUCUGUGUAUAUAUACUUAUACAACACAAACACACAUCACAUUCAGCCAGAUCUGUGUCUGUUGCAACACCCAACCUGGUCUGUGUAGACACAAAUUGUACUAGCAAUAGCGGCAGGUUCAAACACACCUGGUCCGUGUAGACACUAAUUACAUUAACAAUAGCAGCAGGUUCAAACACACCUGGUCCGUGUAGACGCUAAUUACAUUAACAAUAGCGGCAGGUUCAAACACCUGGCUCCACAGGAAACAAAGCGGUCGCAUUGAGAGUCUUUCGUGCAAAGAGCCCAUUGCCAUACUCGACUUUCACUUCUUGCAGCACUGUGCAGAUCUGGAUGUGUUGUAUGUUUGUGUUGUAAUAUUCAGCCAGAGCUGUGCAGCGUUGCAAGAAGUCAAAGUUGAAUAAGGCAAUAUCCACACUGCAAUUCCCAGUUACUACUUGAAUAAGGCAAUAUCCACACUGCAAUUCCCAGUUACUACUUGAAUAAGGCAAUAUCCACGCUGCAAUUCCAAGUUGAAUAAGGCAAUAUCCACACUGCAAUUCCCAGUUACUACUUGAAUAAGGCAAUAUCCACGCUGCAAUUCCCAGUUACUACUUGAAUAAUGCAAUAUCCACGCUGCAAUUCCCAGUUGAAUAAGGCAAUUUCCACGCUGCAAUUCCCAGUUACUACUUGUUGAGUAAGGCAAUAUCCACGCUGCAAUUCCCAGUUACUACUUGAAUAAGGCAAUAUCCACGCUGCAAUUCCCAGUUACUAUUCCCAGGUACUAAUGGUAGUGGAGGAAAUGCAUAGACAGGAGGAGGCUGUAAGAUGUACUAAGGCAGUGUUGCAGGCAAAACAAGGGCAGUGGGUGAACUGGGAAGGGGU